AUGGGUUUGAAAGGAAAAUUGAUUGCUUCAGUGGAGGUGAAGUGUGGAGGAUUUUUGAUGCAUGAUUUUUUACACAAUAAUUCUCAUCAUGUUGCUAUUAUAAGUCCUAGACAUAUGAACCAUUAUCAGAUUCAAGAAGGUGAAAGCGUAAAAGUUGGUUCAAUUGUUAGCUUGAGUUAUAACGAGGCUGGACAAAAGAAGUUUAUGAAGCAAGUUAUUGAAGACAUCGAUCCUAAAAAAAAAUCAAUUCGUUGGAAAGUCAUUGAAGGAGAUGUGCUAGAGAUAUAUAGUUCUUUUACUAUUGUAACAUCUCAUGAACCUCAGUGGACUAUAUGGACAUUUGAAUAUGAAAAGAAAACUGAAGACAUUCCAGAGCCCCUCGGUUUAUUGGGUAAUAUCCUUAACGUAAUCAAGGAUAUGGAGGGUCAUCUUCUAAAGAAUUAG